UCUGAGCACCAGUUCCGUCCCGUAAUUUGAUCCUACGUGCUUGCAUCGGUCAACUAAUCUCUUUCUGUAAUUUCUCUCUUGCGACGCAGGUGUGGUUCUUGGGCAGCUCCCAGCCAAGAACUUUAUCUUUUGAUAUCGAGUGUCCAGCACGGUUGAUGGAGAAAAAUGUUGGGCAUGGGGUUCGCAACUCCGUGGUCAAGCAGAGGGUGAAUCCCAAGAGGCUGAGGGAUAAGGUUUGUAUCGGCUGUGGAGCUGGAUUUGGAGGCGACAGGCCUUUCGCGGCGCUCAAGCUGCUGCAGAGAGUGGAAGAGCUGAAUUACCUUGUCCUCGAAUGCUUAGCGGAACGAACUCUCGCCGAACGCUACCAAGAAAUGAUGUCCGGUGGCGACGGUUUCGACUCUCGAAUUUCAGAAUGGAUGGCUUUGCUGUUACCUUUGGCUGUGGAAAGAGGAACUUGCAUUAUCACCAAUAUGGGUGCAGUUGAUCCAAUUGGUGCUCAAGCGAAAGUGCUAGAAGUGGCCAGCGGGCUAGGCCUUCAACUGAAAGUUGCUGUGGCUCAUGAGGUUUCAUUUGCAGAAGCAGGUGAUCAAGGGUCCAGAAUCUUGCAUGAGAGAUCAAAUACUGCGGAAGGUGGUAUUAGCACAUAUCUUGGAGCUGCCCCAAUUGUCGAGUGUCUUGAGAAGUACCAACCGGAUGUAGUUAUUACUUCCAGAGUUGCAGAUGCUGCCUUAUUUUUGGGUCCAAUGGUGUAUGAAUUGGGUUGGAACUGGGAUGAUCUAAAUUUAUUAGCACAAGGAUCUCUGGCUGGUCACCUUUUAGAGUGCGGCUGUCAACUCACUGGAGGAUACUUCAUGCAUCCAGGUGACAGAUAUCGCAACAUCUCUCUUCCAUGUCUUUUAGACCUGUCACUCCCUUAUGCCAAAGUUAGUUGUGAUGGAGGAGUCUGUGUAGCAAAGGCAGAUGGCAGUGGAGGAGUUUUAAACUCCAGUACUUGUGCCCAGCAACUUCUUUAUGAGAUUGGUGAUCCAGCGGCAUAUGUUACUCCUGAUGUGGUUAUAGAUCUUCGAGAUGUUACAUUUCAGCCAUUGUCCAACCAUGAAGUGAGGUGUCUUGGAGCGAAACCAUCUGCGAGAUCAUUACCUGAUCAGCUCCUGCGAUUGCUUCCAAAGGAUGCUGGGUGGAAAGGAUGGGGAGAGAUAUCCUAUGGUGGUUUUGAAUGUAUCAAUCGUGCUAAGUCUGCUGAAAUUUUGGUCAGAUCGUGGUUUGAAGAAGUAGUUCCUGGCCUUAAUGACUGCAUAGUUUCUUAUAUUAUUGGAGUGGAUAGCCUGAAGGCAACAAGCUUGGUCACUGGGUCUUCUGCUUAUGAGGCGGUUACAGAUAUUAGGUUAAGAAUGGAUGGAUUAUUUGAGCUGAAAGAACAUGCACUCCAGUUUGUGAGAGAGUUCGCUGCAUUAUACACUAAUGGACCUGCUGGAGGCGGUGGUAUCUGCACCGGACACAGGAAAGAGAUUUACCUUGGGAAGGAACUGGUUGGCCGUGAACAUGUGUAUUGGAAAGUUGGAGCAAAGCAAAGUAUGGAAAUGGAGUCAAAUGAUCGAGUGGCUUGCCUCAAUGAUUCAAUGAGAAUCCAUGCUGUUCACGGGCCAAUUGCUCCACAAAUAACAGAGGAAAAUGAUGAUGGGGACUUUGUUUUUAAAUCUGAUGCUUCUCCUGCCCCUGCUGGAAAGGAGAUUCUGCUGUACAAAAUAGCACAUAGUAGAGCUGGAGACAAAGGAAAUGACUUGAACUUCUCCAUCAUCCCACAUUGCCCUACAGAUUUCGAGAGGUUAAAGGUGAUCAUAACACCGGUGUGGGUAAAACGCGCUGUCUCUUCGCUUCUGGAUGCCUCCUCAUUUCCAGAUUCAGAUGCCAUAGUGAAGAGAGACAGGUGGGUGGAUGAGCACGUAAGCGUGGAAGUUUAUGAAGUGAGGGGUAUAUGUUCAUUGAACGUCGUGGUCCGGAACAUCCUAAAUGGUGGCGUCAACUGUUCUCGUAGGAUUGACCGCCAUGGAAAGACAAUAUCGGAUCUCAUAUUGUGCCAGAGAGUUGUGUUGCCUCCUCUAUCAAGUGUUUGACUAGCUCAGUUGCAUCAAACUAAUCCUAAAUGGCGAAUUACCAUUGAAACUAUAGCUUUCUGCUGUUUUUGGAGUUCAAGGA